UUGUAUUAUAACGCAUGAACCAUGAACACAUCUGAGCGAUGAGCGGCGCGGGCGGAUGACUCAACUUGUGUCCAGAUUUUUUGCCGACUAAUUCGUCCAUUUGUUCCUCAUCUAAUCAGCUAUGACAUGAUAAAACCGAGGAAUAUAAGAAUCUGUUGCGUGUUGUGAAAUCGUAGCUCCAUUUGAAAGAAGAAUUUGGAGAUCGAGGGAAGUAGAAUUGUGGCUCCAAAUUUCCAACAUGAUCCCGGAAGUACUGCAUGGAUCGGGUUAAAUUUGCUGACUGCACUGGGAGUGGGAGUGCGACUGCGAGUGAAUCCCCGUGCGAGUGAGAAUGUUAAUAUUGGAGUGAUUGACAAGGCCCGGUUGGUUUGUAAUUGAGACUUUUCGUUGAUCUGGAAAAGACAUCAAUCCCCAAUAGACAAGAUGACGUACCAUUGGCAGAGCAACACCAAGAAGCAGAGCGGGGUGGAGGACAUGGUCUUACUGACCAAGAUACAGGAAUCCUCCAUCGUUGAAAACCUCAAGAAACGUUUCAUGGACGACUGGAUUUAUACGUACAUCGGCCCCGUACUAAUCUCCAUCAACCCCUUUAAGCAGAUGCCAUACUUCACUGACAAGGAGCUGGACAUGUAUCAGGGAGCGGCUUCAUACGAGAACCCUCCACAUAUCUACGCCUUGACGGAUAACAUGUAUCGUAACAUGUUAAUAGAGUACGAAAACCAGUGCGUGAUUAUCAGUGGAGAGAGUGGUGCGGGUAAGACCGUCGCAGCCAAAUACAUCAUGGGAUACAUUGCGAAAGUGUCGGGAGGCGGGGCCAAGGUGCAACACGUCAAAGACAUCAUCAUCCAAUCAAAUCCUCUCCUUGAGGCGUUCGGGAACGCCAAGACGGUCCGCAACAACAACUCCAGCCGCUUCGGCAAGUAUGUGGAGAUACAGUUCAGCAGAGGGGGUGAGCCCGAUGGUGGGAAGAUCUCCAACUUCUUGUUGGAGAAAUCGCGGGUCAUCACCCAGAAAACGAGCGAGCGUAACUUCCACAUCUUCUACCAGCUCCUGAAGGGGGCCGAUGCUGAAAUGAAAGAGGGUUUUGGUCUGACGAACCCAGACUACUAUUACUACCUGAACCAAAGUGGAACGUUCCAAGUAGACGGCAUGAACGAUGCCACGGAAUUCAACGACACGAUGAGUGCAAUGUCAGUCAUCGGUAUAUCGGAGGACGACCAGUCCAGCGUUCUCAAUUGCGUCGCCGCGAUACUCCAUCUUGGCAACAUCCAGUUCAAAGAGCAGGGAAAUUACGCAGUAGUGGCGCAGGAAGACUAUGGGAAUGUGCAUGUCCUGGAUUUCCCUGCCUAUCUCUUUGGCGUGGACAAAGAGCUCCUGCGAUCCAAACUGAUCAGCCGACAGAUGGACAGCAAAUGGGGAGGACAGACAGAAUCCAUCAAGGUCACGCUCAACACGGAGCAAGCCGCUUACACCAGGGAUGCCUUAGCCAAAGCCGUCCACGCUAGGGUCUUUGACUUUCUAGUAGAGUCUAUCAACCAGGCCAUGCAGAAGGAUCGCGAGGAGAUCAAUAUCGGCGUCUUGGACAUCUACGGCUUUGAGAUCUUCCAAGUAAACGGCUUCGAGCAGUUUUGUAUCAACUUCGUCAACGAGAAGCUCCAGCAGAUCUUCAUCGAGCUCACGCUGAAAGCUGAGCAGGAAGAGUACGUGCAUGAAGGGAUCAAGUGGAAUCCUAUUGACUACUUCAACAACAAGAUUGUGUGUGAUCUGAUUGAAGAGAAAAAGUCACCUCCAGGAAUCAUGAGUAUUCUGGACGACAUCUGCGCCACCAUGCACGCGAAGAGCGAAGGUGCCGACGAAAAACUGCUGCAGAAACUGAACGGGGCGGUCGGUACCCACCAGCACUUUCAGGGCACCGGCACAGGGUUCAUUAUACACCACUACGCUGGCAAGGUGACAUAUUCGAUUGACGGAUUCUGUGAGCGGAAUCGAGACGUGCUGUUUCCUGAUCUGAUCGAGCUUAUGCAGUCUAGCGAAAGCCAUUUCAUACAGAGAUUGUUUCCGGAGAAACUCGAGACAACAGAAAGGAAACGGCCUACGACAGCAUCAACCAAAAUCAGGACCCAAGCCAAUCUGCUCGUGACGAGGCUGAUGAAGUGUACGCCUCACUACAUCCGCUGCAUCAAGCCGAAUGAGACCAAGAGACCGAGAGACUGGGAAGAAAAGAGAGUGCACCAUCAAGUGGAGUAUCUAGGAUUGAAGGAGAACAUCCGAGUUCGACGCGCCGGCUUUGCCUACAGGAGGGAGUUCGACAAAUUCCUCAGAAGAUACUCAGUCAUCACCCCAGAGACAUGGCCCCAAUGGCGGGGUGACGUCCGGUCUGGUAUCAAGCAUCUCAUGAAUGCCGUCAAUAUGGAACCAGACCAGUGGCAGCUGGGCAGAACCAAAGUCUUCAUCAAGGCCCCUGAAUCGCUCUUUCUGCUCGAGGAACAACGAGAGAGGAAGUACGACCACUUCGCUCGCAUCCUCCAGAAAGCCUUCCGUCGCUUCAAUGCCCACAAACACUACCUACGACUCAAAGAACAAGCAUCUGAUCUGCUGUACAACAAGAAGGAGCGACGACGAUACAGUCUCAAUCGCAACUUCGCCGGCGACUACAUCGGGUUUGAGCACAAUCCUUUGCUGCAGGCGCUGACCCAACGCAGGGAACGCGUCGAGUUCUCCGACAAGGUCAACAAGUAUGAUCGCCGCUUCAAGGUGACGAAGCGCGACUUGCUACUGUCGGCCCGCAACAUCUAUCUGAUUGGUCGAGAGAAGGUCAAGAGCGGACCGGAGAAAGGACAGAUCAAAGACGUCAUCAAACGCAAGAUUCCCCUCGAACAAGUUCAGAGCGUAUCACUCAGUACCUUGCAAGAUGAUAUCUUUGUCCUCAACAUCCAGAACGACUUCUCGAGUCUCCUGGAGUCCGUCUUCAAGACGGAAUUCCUGACAGUACUCAGCAAGAAAUACCGUGAUGCGGCGGGGCGUGAGCUCCAGCUUGACUUCCGCGACACGAUUAACGUCAUUGUGAAGAAGGAAGGUUGGGGUGGUGGGGGAACCAGGACAGUUCGUUUUGCGCAGGGUACCGGCAACAUGGCUGUCAUGAAACCCAGCGGUAAAGUCAUGACGGUCAGUAUAGGACCUGGACUCCCAAGAAACUCACGACCUGGGAUCAGACAGACCCAGGUGACAGGGGCAGACAGAGCCAAUGCCGCACCCAUGGGCAAUGGUCCCCCACGGAGAGCCCCCGGGAAAGCCCCCGGGCGUCCCCCACCAUCUGCGUCAUACGCCCAGGUGGACAAGCAGCGAAGGUCCCCCCAGACGUCACCCCAGCACAAACCGAUGAGACGCUCCAGCCGUCGCAUGAGCGGGGAUCACCCGUCGCUACCUAAGGGCGGAGCAGCCAAGUGGGCCAAGAAUCCAAAGAUGGCUCAUCUCAAUACGGCAUUCCUACAAACCCCGGACGCUGGGGUAGCAGGGUUCAAGAGACAGUCCCUGAAGAGACCCCCAGCCCAGCCCAAGCCCAAACCCCUCCCUAAGCCCAAGUUGCCCAAGUGCCGAACCCUGUAUGCCUACGACGCCCAAGAUACUGAAGAGCUGUCGUUUUCCCCCGGCGAAACGAUCGAGAUCAUGAACGAAGAUUCUUCAGGAUGGUGGCGAGGCAGGCUGGGACGUAGGGAAGGCCUCUUUCCUUCCAACUACAUUGAGAAGAUUUAACCGAUAUCUCCCAUUUGUAAAUGUUAUCAUUAGCGCUAAGUUACAGAGAUCUUUGUUACUGUGGAAGCCAUCUUGGUCUAGUACCCCGUAGGCAUGGCAUUGCCGUAUAUAAGGGUUUAGAUGAUGGCACCAGUCCAUAGUUGAGCUUAGUCUCAGUGUGGUCCAAAAUUUCUGUGGUGAAUAAAGCUUGCUACAUUUUGAUCAAGGUUAAAGUGAACAAAGUUGCUUAACGGUAAAAUAUUCUUAGCAAAUUUAACACAUGUUACAAAUGAGUUUGUGCACUUACAUGCACAAAGGUAUACGACUUGUCUUUCAAAAAUUUAUUAAAUUUCAAAUCAAAUAAUCAAAUCUUGAAUUUAAGUGAUCAGGGGUUGAUCAUAAUUAGGGGUGUGCAUCGGAACCGGGUUUUCUAGUUCCCGACCACAGAUGUCAGGAACAGGUUCCAGAUUAUGGGAUCUGGUACCCAUAACCAACUGGUAUAGCUUCUCAGACUGCAACAAAAAGAAAUGUUGUGAAUGUCAUUUGUGGGGACUUUUCAAAAUGAAAAUCGAGCUACAUGGAAAAACAAAACAGACUUCACGUUUAUGCGCAUUUUAACGCGCAACAGAUGCUCGCAAAAGUUGCAGUUUUCACUUAAAAGCUAUAAUUAAAGGGGCAUUACGGCCUAAA